GGGACCAGAUCAGGUACAGCAGGCUUUAAGUUCCCAGCUGCUGCUUCAUGCUGGAGACAAACAAACUCUUUGGAGAUUUCAAAGUAUGCUUGAAGUUCUCAGCAAAGCAGGAAACCAAGGAUUCUCUUUGAAGUGACCAAAGCCAUGGAGUCCAACCUGUCCGAGCUGUCCUCCAUCGAGGAUGAAAGCAUCUACGUUCAGCCUCACUACAAGGAGGCCUACCGCCUGGCCAUCUAUGCCCUGCUGUGUGGCGGCACCGAGGCCUACCACGAGUAUCUGAGGGUUGAGCAGAUCAGCCACUUUCUUUCCGAAGAGGAGAUCCGCUUUAUUUUAGAAAAUGCUGAGCUACCGGUUCUGGAUGAUGACUCUGGAGGCCCGUCAGACGCAGACAGGGUCACUCCUUCCACCUACUUCCCCUGUGAGUCUGACGAGGAGGUGCCGGAACUGGAGCUGGGCUGGCCAGGGGUCAGCCGGGAGGAGCUGGACACCAGCAUCAGCCUGCUGUUUCACCCCCCCAGGAAUAACACACCGAGCAUCAAGGAGGUGGUCCGGAAACAGAUCCAGGAGGCGCGUCGGGUUAUCGCCAUAGCGAUGGAUGUUUUCACCGAUGUGGACAUUUUUAAGGAGAUCAUCAACGCAGCACUCAGAGGAGUGGCAGUGUACAUCCUUCUGGAUGAUUCCCGUGUCAGCAGCUUCCUCAACAUGUGCAACAGUCUGGGCAUUAACAUCCUGGACAUCAAGAACCUUCGUCUUCGGACUGUUGAGGGGGAGCAGUACCAGUGUCGAUCAGCAGUGAAGUUUCAUGGAAGUAUGGAACAGAGGUUCAUUCUGUUGGACUGCCAGACGGUUUUGUAUGGAACGUACAGCUACACCUGGUCAUUUGAGAAGAUCAACCUGAGUAUGGUCCUAGUUGUCACUGGCCAACUGGUUUCCACAUUUGAUGAGGAGUUCAGAAGAUUAUACGGCCGUUCCAGAAUUCCUUCAGCUCUGCCCAGUGGGAGUCUUUUGUCUACAUACCCAAAGUCCAGUCAGCUGUCUCUCAACCUUUACAUGAAAUCCAGACCAACACCUAAGACGAGAGGUGGAAUCCACGACAGGCGUAAUGAUGCAGCUGUGUUAAACAGAGGCCUCAGUGUGCAGGAGAUGCUGCAUCAGUCCCACUUAACAGACACAGGAGACCUAGUGAGAGGUCAAAACUAUAGUGGAGAACCGGUGAAAAUGAAUUCUAUGACCAGGCUCAGAAUGGGAACAAGAAAUCUUGGAGUUCCUGUUGCUCAGAGACAAAAUAGGGAUGUGCAUCAAUUGAACAGGGCAUCUCAGCAGCACCUCAGGCACCAGACUCGCUAUGGUGCAGACCAGAAUCUGAUACCGUACAGCUCGGAGACAUCUCUUCACAAAUGGAAGAUGGAUGCAUACUUUACAGAGAGUAACAUGCCUCCUGAUGUCUAUGUACAAUCCCCAAUGAUAUCUCCACAUAGCAGUCAAACUGGUUUAGAUGAAUAUCAGUCACAGCUGAUUCAGAGCAGAUCCAUGGACAUCAGGUCUAGGAUUGAGGAAAUGCGGCACAAAAGGCUAAGUCUGCAGGGGCAUGCAGAUCUCAGGCAAAGCAAGGAAUCGUUGUGGUCCAUGUGCUCAACUACAGACAAGCCACAAUAUAUGAGACCUUUUCAUGGAAAACCAAGGGGGGUAGAAAUGGACCCACACACCGAAAUCAGUAACGGUGUGAAUGACAGCAAACUCUACAUUGAAGCUGACGAAACAGAGCCGAUGAUCACUGAUGCUAAACGCUCUCUCUCUCACAGCAAUAUAAAAAUGGGCACAGAGUUAAGGAGUGGGCAGAUGCAAAACAGGCACAACCUCCCUCUAGACAGGGCCCAGUCUGAUGCUGAAUUAGGUUUGAAACUGAGCGAUUCAACUCUUAAGAUCUCAAAUUUGAUUUCUGGCAGUUUCCGGCACUCCAGGGUGAUGGAAUCUUUGAGUGAGAUUCCAGAGGAGAGAGAGGCAUCAAACUCUCGUGAUGCUGGCAUUGAAUCAGUACUUGGAGACAACCAUGAUGUAAGGUCUACACAUGAGAGGCUUCUUCAGAGAGAUUAUAACGAUAAAGCCAGAGAAAGAUACGGCUUUAUCCAAAACAGAAUAGACUCACCUCCUCCAAGAGAAGGAAACACAUCAGCUCACAUCAGCACUGAAGGAUCCUGUCCCCCGGUUGAGCCUCAAAGAGAUCCCACAAAGAGCCAGCAGAAAGGGUCAGAACUUCAGAGAAUGAGUCCAAUGAGGUCACCAGGUAAUCCUCACCCUACACAAAAUGAAAAGAAAGUCACAAGGAAAGAGAGGUCACUCCAACGGACCUCACUGAAACCCGAGAACACUUUGGACUCUAGCCAUGUACUCCAGAUGGACCAUUCUAAAACAUCAUCUUUAGGGCGACCGAUUAAGACAGACCGGUCAGCGGAAAAGUCAAACUCACAAAACUCUCUCAGUGGGCCAGAAAAAACGAAAUAUCCUUUCUCAAAGCUUCCUCAGCGAUCAAGCAAAAGAAAGACAAUGCCUUCAUCAGAUCAAGACCAAGGCUCGAGGAGCACUCUGGACACCGAGGCAGUUUCGGCCUCUCAGGUUAAAAAAGAAAAAGCUUACAGUCGAUACGAGUACCUGAUUGGGAAUGAAAACGGCUCUCUGGAUAGGACAGGGAGGUUAGCAGAUAGCUCAGACGUAAAAGUGAAAAGUUUGUCCCUGAACAGACGUGGCGAUGGAAUUCGAACACAUCAAACACAAGGGGGCGUUGAUAACAAACUGGGGCGACUAAUGCAGCGCAUGGGGAAUCUGAUCAACAAAAACAAGUAGCCAAAUCCAGGUUAGAUGCAGGUUGGUUUACCCCUUCAUUAUUCCAGACCUUUACAGUCUGUGUCAUUCUAUCUCAGUUGUGGACAUUUCUUAUUCUAUGUUCCUUAUUCUACACCGAAAGCGCUCUGAGCAGCAAAAGUAGUCGGUUUACAUGAAAAAUCUAUGGUUGAAGCACAUCAACAAUAGUCACAUCAAGCAAAGAGAAAAACUGAUCAGGGAGGUGGGAGGGAGAUCGACACAUCGCUGGAAAAAUCCCCAAGAGGUGCCGGCUUGAGGCAGCUUUUGCUGAAAUUUCUGGUGACAGCUUACCAAUUACCACCGGUAUGUGGGGAUCUGCGUGGCUCUAAAGGCAAAAUGAUAUUUUAAGACAGUAUCGUAAUCUUGAUGAACUGACUGUACAGACAAUAUUUUGUACUUUUUCACUUAAUAACAUAUUAAAACUUCUUUUUAUCCCCUUAUCACACCAAUAUAGCAACGCCACUCAGCCCUUGAACACAGGAGCAGCACAAGCAUUAGUAGCAUUUGUAAACUCUGUACUUGACGCACCUCAAUUAUUUUGGACGAGCAUAAAAAAUGAAGCAGCAGAUGUUUUUUCAAUGCUCAAUUUGUGUUCUGUGUGAACGUAGCAUUAAAGUGCGAUCACACCGAAGGCAAAUUUUGUGUCCAGAGCAAAUGAUUUAGCUGGUACCUCUAUGUAGAGGGUAACUCAGGAGCAAUACAUGGUGAGAGAGACAAAGGUAGGGAUUUAAUUGAGGCGAUAACAAGCUUUU